UCGAGUCGUGUCCUUCGUUGCUGGGCAACGGCUUAAACAUGGAGACCGCGGAGGGAAAAGAGCAGGAGCCGUCUUCGCAGGUCCCUGAUUCUGAUGCUCCUGCUGAUGACCAGAAAGAUGAAAAUAGUGAAUAUAAUGUGCCAGAGAAUGAAACUGCUUCAGCUGAAGAGGAAGAACAACCUGCAGGGAAGCAGGAUAGAAAAGAAACCAAGAAGACAGGAGAAAGAAUACUCCUAGAUGACUUUUUCUAUGACUAUGAGGAAUUAUGCUCAAAGCCGUUCAUUUCACCUAAAACAUCAAUACCAAACAAUCUGCUUACUUUUCUUCAUUCUUUUGGCUAUGACAGUACUCGGCAAGUGAACUUACAACUCAUUGGUGGGGAAACCAUCAUGUUUGUGGCUGGCAAUCUGGUGAUCUUCAUGAAUAUUAAGACCAAGGAUCAAAAAUAUAUCCGAAGCACUAGUGGAGGAGGCAUUGGCAUUCUGAUGGUUCAUCCUAAUGGAAAUUACUUUGCUGUAGGUGAAAAGGGCAUCAAGCCCAAUAUUAUUAUCUAUGAAUAUCCUUCCCUGAAACCAUACAGAAACCUGAGAGGAGGAACUGAGCAAGGCUAUGCUUUUGUUGACUUUAACACAUCAGGUAACCUGCUCGUCAGUGUAGGGGAGAACCCAGAUUACAUGGUCACCAUUUGGAAUUGGAAACAGGAACAGAUAGUGCUGCGCUCAAAAGCCUUUUCACAGGAUGUUUAUCGGAUUACCUUCUCUCUAGAAAAUGAAGAACAACUGACCUCCUCAGGAACAGGACACAUCAAAUUUUGGAAGAUGGUGGAGACCUUUACUGGGCUAAAAUUGCAAGGUGAACUUGGGAGGUUUGGGAAAACUGCUCUGACAGACAUUGUGGGUUAUGUUGAAUUGCCAGAUGGAAAGGUGAUAUCUGGCUGUGAAUGGGGCAAUAUGCUGUUGUGGGAUGGUGGUCUUAUCAAGGUGGAGCUGCGCAGGAAAGGUGGCAGGCCUUGUCAUCAAGGAUCCAUUAAUCAGUUUGUGCUGGAUGAAGGAGAACUUAUUACAAUUGGAAGUGAUGGGUGUGUACGGGUCUGGGAUUUUGAGACCAUUGAUACAGCGGAGGCUUAUGAUGAGUAUUCUGUGGUUGAGAUGGAACCGAUGAAUGAAUUGUUUGUUGGAAGAAAUGUUAACCUCCAGUCCAUGGUGAAAUUCAAAGACUCAAGUUUUAUUUGGUGUGCUCAGGAUUCCAGUGGUAGAAUCUGGAAACUUGACCUCUCAUUUUCGAACAUUACACAAGACCCCGAAUGUCUGUUUUCUUUCCACGCUGGAGUAAUCCAGGCUAUGGACUUGUCACCGCUUACCUAUCUGAUGGCAACAACAGCACUUGAUCAUACAGUGCGCAUCUAUGACUUUGUGAGAAAUGAAGAAUUGGUAACUGUGAGGUAUAGACGAGGUGGAACUGCAUUAACUUGGGCACCACUAGUGUGCUACCCAGAAGGAAACAUAAUAGUUGUAGGGUUUGAUGAUGGUGUUAUCCGUAUCUUGGAAAUAUACAAUCCUCAAGACUUAGCUCGUGUUGCUGGGCAAACACACAUUGGUGAGGCUGAACUUCGACUAAAACAAGCCAUGAAGCCACAUACAGCACAAGUCACUGCUAUUGCAUAUGACCACAAUGGAGAAGUGCUUGCCACUGGUAGCAAAGACAACACUGUGUUUUUUUUCCAACCUGGGGAUCAAUAUGUGCCAGUGGGAUUCAUUAACAUACCAGGACCAGUUGUGAGCUUGCAGUGGUCUCCACCUUCUCAUGAGAAAAAUACGUUACUUAUAUUUUGUGAAAAUGGAUAUGUGGUUCAAGUGGCAUGUCCAGAGCCGGAGGAAAUAGACACAACUUUAACUUUUGAGAUCCCCCUUCAGAAACAGUACUUCCAUUUCAAGAGCAUCAGAUCCAGCAUAGAGAGGAACAAAGAGAUUAAUCGGAGAGAGGAAGUAAAGGAGCAAAAAGAGAAGGAAAAGCAAGAGCGGCUCAAAAAACAGAAAGAAAUGGAAGAAGAAAAUCAAGGUUUGGCCAUUGAAGAAGAGGAAGAGGAGGAAGAGGAGGAACUCCCAAUGAUUUACAUCCCCAUUCAGCCUAGUCCUAUAUUGUGUGGUUUCUAUUCAAAGCCAAACACUUUCUGGUUAUCUAUGGGCGAUUAUGAUUGUGGCUAUCUCUACCAUUGUAAAUUCGCAGAUGAUCCGAGAAUUAGUGAGGACAGCUCCAAGAGUGAGGAAGAGCCAUUUGCUUUCAUAGCAAUUGAAGAUGCAACUGAAAACCCAAUCAGAAAAAUGAUAUUCAAUUCUGAAAAGGACCUUCUAUUUUGUGGCAUGGAAGAUGGAGCUGUGCGAGUAUAUCCUCUUAAGCCAAAUGAUUACAAACUGAAAUCCAUGCAAGGAUUCUGGAGUCUGAAUGUACAUGAUAAUGAUUAUGGCCACAUCAAUCAAAUCUGUAUCAGUCACAAUGAACAGUUUCUGCUCACGUGUGGGGCUGAUAGCAACAUCUUUGCCUUUGCUAUUCUUCCUCAAGAGGAACUUGGUGAAUUAAUGAGAGGAAAGCGAGCCCUUGUGCCAAUUCCUAGGCCAGGCUUUGCUCGUGAUAAAGUAGUAAAUGAUAUUGAUGACCCAAAUGCCUACAGUCUUGAAAAUGCCAAACAGAAAGCAGAGAUGGAUCUAAUAUUGAAAUUGGCAGAGGAAAAGAAGGCAAAGAAAAGAAUGGAGAUUGAUAUGCUGCAAAAUGAGUUUAAGGAACUUCAAAUAAAAAAUGCAGAACUGCCUGAACAUGUCCAGCUCAAGAAAGAGGAUUUUGAAAUUGAUAAAAGGAUUCAAGAUCAGAUUGACAAACAAAUAACUGAUCGGAUUGAGAUGGUUUACAAAGAAAUGGCAUGGGAACAAGAAAAGUAUCAAAUUGGCCUCCAAAAACUUCAAGCCAGGUUUCGAGAUGCAGUAGAAUAUGACACAGUUAUUGUGCACUGUUUUGAAAGUGAUCACAAGGUGUCAACUUACCGAGUAACAUCAUUUUCCAAAGAGUAUCACCAAAUGAAGGCUGAUAUGCUGCGGAGGAGCCAGUUACAGGUGGAGCAGAAAAGUAAAGAUAAUGCUUUUAAGGAAAGCAAAGGAGCAGACAUUGACAAGAAUGCAGAGCAGGAUGUGGAUCUUGACUUGUUGGGGGGGUCAAAACACCGACAAGCAAAGGUGAUUAUUGGAUUACAACAUGCAGAAAGACUGCAGAAUAUGAUUAACAAAACAGAUAAAGCAAAGGCCAAAAUUGAACAGAGGAAAAAAGAAUGGACAGAGCUUUACUUGAGCCAACCUGAUGAUAACUAUGAAGAUCCAAAUGAUGUUGCAGCAAUCAAAGAUGCUCAAGAGCACAUGGGAGAUUUCAAGUUAAAAACAGCUUCCGACUACACUGUACCAGAACAUCUGCGUAUUAAUGCAGAGAAAAAAAGGAACCAACUUAUUCACCUUGAGGAGCUGAUCCAUGAACUCAAAAGUGAAAUGAGCAAGAAGGUAGUCGACCUUCGUAACACAAAGCUUAAUAUUAUUAAACAAAUCACUGAUCUGUGUAAGGAGUUGGCAUUAAUACAGACCAACCUUGAUCCUUUACAACGCCUUCCUAUUCCUGUGGUUCCAAGCAUGCAUCCUGAUGAAAUGCCUGAGAAGAAGUUCCAGUAUGACCAUGAAAAGCUUUUGGAAUUCAGGGAUAAGAAUCUUCAAGGUGAAAAAAGCAAGAAUCAAUCCAACCAGGUCAAUGAGUUUGAAAAAAUAUCUGGAACUACUAAUACCACACCAGAUAGCUCGAUUCAUCAACUAGAAGGAUAUGCUGUGAAACCCCAAUUGUCUGAAAUGGUACCACUGUCAAAGCUGGAGGAAGAAAUCAAAAUGAUUGAAGAGAAAAAAAAAUUAUACAUGCAAACAGAGAUAUUCAGGAAGAUCAAUGAAUUAAUAUGGAACUUUGAUGCAGAGCUGCUGGUUCUUUGCCACCAGAAAUAUAGGCUAGACAUAGUUUUAAAGAUGGCUGACCUACGACAUGUUACACUGUUUGAAGAGGUGCUUCUCUUGAAAGAAUUUGAAAAGAGUGAGAACAUUCUGCAGGAUCGGGUUGACCAACGUAUCACUGAACGAGCGGAAACACAAUUAAAGUUAGAGGAAUGUUCUCAACAAAAAAAGGCCAAAAAGCGAGACAUUCUUAAACUACAAGAGAAGGAGAAGGCUCUUUAUGCAUCCUUCCAGAUGUCUCUGGGUGAAAACAACAAGCAUGCUGAUUUUCUCACCAAAGUCUUCAAAAAGAAAAUCAAACGAAGAAGGAAGAGUGAAGCACAAGUUUCUGCAGUUUCAGAUGAAGAGAGUGAAGAAGAAUCAGAUGAAGAGUUUGGCUAUAGUGAUGAAGGGGAUGAAUCGGAUUCUGACGCUGGUGGAGUGGAUGACUCUGCUUGCCCGGAUACUUGUGACCCAGCACUAUUUGAAAACACCCUACAACUUCGAGAAAAACGCCUGGAUAUCGAAGAGGCCAUAGCCGAAGAGAAAAAAACACAGGAAUCAAUAAAGAAGGAAUAUGAUUUGAUUGCUAAAAAGGUAAAGGCUAUAGAUGGGACGGUAAAAUCUGCAAAACGUGAUCUAGAGGUUUUGCAAAGAGAAAAACAACAGAAAUUGAAUGAGCUAUACGUGGUUGUCCCUCUGAAACUGCAUCAGAUAGAGUAUGUUGUGAAUGGAGACAUGCCAAAUGAUUUAGUCUCUGGCCUGGUCUUCACCAGUGUGGCUUUAACAUUGCUGCAAAAUCGGAUCAAAGAACUUCACGUGGAGAGGACAGAGCAACGAGAGCUGUAUAAGCAAGCACGACAGAAACACGUACAACUUCUCCAAGACAAAGCAAAGAUGGAAGCUGAAAUAGCAGAGUUGGAAGAGAAAUGCUAUCAAGAAAUGGUUCGGAAGUUUGGCCGUGUGGUUGAUCUGGAAGCAUUGCAAACAGUCUCCGUGAACUUGACCUUGGAAGAACUUAAAGAGAAGAUUGAUGUCAAUAACACUAAAUUCCACAGAAAGAUAAAACAAAGAGAGGUUAAAAGAGCAGAGUUGCAAGAUGAGCUGAUCAGUUACAUCAGACAGUAUACAUGUAGACUGGAUCAGUUGAAUAUGAUGCUGACUGAAAAGGAGAAGAUUGAAGCACAGUUAAAUAGCCAACAGAAGAAAAUGGGAUCAGAAAUUCAGAAGCAGAAAGUUAAACUGUCGGAGAAACAUGAGCUGAUUCAACAGGUGGAGAAACAAGCACAAGAAAUCAAUGACUUGAAGGAAGAGAUAAAUUUGCUAACACGAAAAGGAGGUCACAUUCUUCCCCCUGCCCAGCCACCUUUACCACAGUGAACUCUGAAUCGUCACUUAAUAACAUUACUUACUUUCAGCUGCAGAAUGUUCCUAUUUUAUUCAAAUAGAUUUUUUAUUCUGGCCACAAUUCUGCACCAGAAUUUUUAUUUCUUCCCAAGACUUUCUACUUUCAGACACUACUGUACUUCACGAGAAGCGCACCUGGCUGCUCUAAUGGUAUUGGUUGCAAACAGCCCCAGUGAGAAAGACAGUCAGAGCAUUCUGAGAGAAAGAACGGAAGUACUUUUUUCCUCUUUGGACCCAAAACCUAU